AUGCCAUACAGUUGCGUAGUACUCAUUAUAUUGCUUUCAACUAUUCCCCAAUCGUUUUGCUUGAAUGCAUUAUUUAUUGGUAUUGGUGCUGCGGGCCAUGUGACGCCCCUGUUUGAAUUAGCUAAGGCAAUGAACAAGCAUAAUGUCACAUUUCUUACUCAACAAAUGGCUCAAUCGUAUAUUGAUUUGAAAUCAUAUUCUUCGUCUUCAUUUCGUGUAGUAUACGAUAAUGAUUCGUCUGACGCAUUGAUUGUGGAAAAGAACCGUGAACAACAAGUAUGGUCGCAUUUAGCUAAUAGAUCUUUGUUGGAUGCAUUGAUACAAGUAACACCAAUAUUCGGUCAAAUGAGUAUAUCUGUUCUAAACAAGACGAUACACAUUCUGAUGAGCGAACAAUUUGACGUGAUCGUAGCAAGUAGAGUGGUUAUUGGUGUAUCUGUUUUGUGCGAGAAAACAAACACGCCUUGUGUGAUGCAACAGCCAGCGGCGUUCCCUAAUAUUUUCGAUUUCAAUGUGCCAAACGUCUGCGCAUUAUUAUCAUCAAAAGAUUUAACUCAAUUCGGACAACGCAUCUACAACGUAGUUUUUACGAUUCGGAUCAUGACGAAAAUGGUGCCGAAAUUGGUGCCAGCACUUUAUAAGCUUUUUCAGUCAAUACCACGCAUACCUGGUCCAUUUUACGAUAUUUUCACUCUACAAAAUUUUCGGUUUUCACAAUCAAAAUGUUUGAAUUUAAUUAGUAUGCCACCUACAUUCUUUACACCAUCGUAUUCAUAUCAUCAUACAAAAUAUCUUGGAGCAUUUGUAAAUGAAACACUGGUAAAAAAUGUUGACAAUGAUCUUACAAGAUGGAUCAAAGCGAAACCGUUUAGUUCUAUUCUUUAUGGAGCGUUUGGUAGUAGUUCUCUGAUCUUACACGAACGAAUGUAUAAUUUAAUUAGCGGUCUCGCCACGUUUUUAUUGCAAACAAAUGGUAGUUCUCUAGUGUUAGGAUUUCUCAGUGCGAAUUAUCUUAUGUACCAAACAGUAUUGAAAGAUUUGGUCGAUGUCGAAUUGAGAGAUGUCCUAAACGAUGAUAAACGAGUACGAAUCGAAAACGGAUUUGUCAAUCAAAAAUGGAUAUUACAACAAGACUCAGUCAAAGUGUUUCUAAGUCAUUGUGGCAUGGGUUCAUGUUUAGAAGCCCUCUAUUUUACCAAACCGAUUCUGUGCAUGCCAUUCACUUCAGAUCAAUUUGCUAAUGGAUUUACGAUAACGAAUCUGAACGUUGGGCAAUCAUUGCUUGUGCCACCUUCUAUGUGGCAAUCAUUGAUACGUCCCUAUGACUUUUAUCAGUACACAUUUACAGCUAGCAGUGUAACAAACAAAUUACUGACAUUGUGGAGCGAUGCAAAAUAUGAAAAAGCAGCUCAGCUCAUGUCGCUAGAAAUGAAACACGCAGGUGGCUUGAAACGAGCAGUAGAAGAAAUUGAAUUCUUUGUGAAUCUACACGGGGAUCUCGAUCGCUUUGCACCAUUUCAAAGCACACUAUCGUUCUACCAACGAUAUAUGCUCGAUAUACUAUUCAUAUUCACUGUCUUACCUGGAAUAGUUAUAAUCUACAUAACAUUGAAAUGUUGCAAACGACGACGAAAACAAAAAACAGAUUGA